GAAAAUACAAUUUCCAGUUUUAUUCCUGAGGUACAACGUUACAACGUUUUUCACAACAAAGACUUCCGCAGUUUCAGCGGAGGCGAGAAUGGAGGUUCAGCCAGAUUGAUAAUAAUUAAUUGUUUACUACAUUCGAGACAUUCAUUUCUCAUUGAAAAUUUUUUGAUUGUCACAAUGAAUUCGUCUAGCAAAUCAGGUUGCAUCAUAUUCAGAGACUACGAAAACCUUUCAAAAGCUGGCGCUGGUGGCUAUGGAUUAGUUUUAAAAGCCAAAAAGAAAAACGAGAGUUUCUUUUCGGCAAUCAAGCUGAUUCCGAUGGAUAUGCCGACAAUGGGGCGUCAAACGUUGUGUGAAGCGCAGAAGGUUUCAGGAAUUACCAGCCAUGAUUCGAUCGUUUCAUGUUUAGACUACUGGGAAGACGAGUUCACGAAAGCUGACCAUGACACGUUCAUUCGUCUAAUAAAACCAAAAAAGACCGAACCGUUCUAUUACUUUCCCACCAAUGCGAGGCAAAUGAAUUUUUUGUGCAUUCGCAUGGAGUUUUGUGAGAACGGAAACUUGAAGCAAUGGUUGAAGAGCCGCGGAAGCUCUAUCGAUGUGUGGGAAAACAUACAAAUUUUUCUGCAAAUUGCCAGGGGAGUGGAACAUAUUCAUGCCCAUAAGCUGAUUCACCGGGAUUUGAAACCGGCCAACAUUUUGUUCUUCAAAAAGAACGCCAAAAUUAGCGAUUUUGGUUGGUCUGCUACUCAUAACGUUGGGGAAUAUCAGCAUACUCCACGGGCUGGUUCCGCUUUGUAUCAGACGCCUGAACAGGCUUUUGGAAAGUAUGGUCAAUCUACCGACUAUUAUGCCCUGGGGCUCAUUCUCUACGAAUUAUUCCAUCCUGAUGCACAGAAAAAUGUUGGCGAAGCUUUAACGAGCCUAAAAUAUACAAGAGAAAUUCCAAGUGAAAUACGACGACAAUAUCCAAUAAUUGCCGAACUGAUCAGCAAAUUGAUUUCUGUUGUGCCAACUGAUCGACCAAAUUGUGAUCGAAUCGUGACGACUAUAAGGCCUUUAAUCAAAGCAUUGAAACCGAAACCCGAAAUCGGUAUUACACAAAACAGGUGCAACCGCUGCGCGGUUUCUUUACUCGGGACUCGAUACAAGUGCACCAUUUGUCCGAAAUUUUUCCUGUGCGAGAGCUGUGAAAAAUACGACGAAGAUCACUGUACGAAGCACAAUUUCCUAAAGUUGAAGGACGAACAUUCGCCGAAUAAUGGAGAUGGCUGUGAGCACUAUCGUCGUAAAUGUAAACUGAAGUGUCCUCUGCCUGAAUGUGGAUCUGCAAAUGGAUUUUUCGGUUGCCGUGUUUGUCAUGAUCAAGAUAUUAAAGGCCAUAAAAUGGAUCGCUUUAGCGUCAAGGAAAUAUUGUGCACACAGUGUGGAGGACAACAGUUCCCGCGUAGUGCUUGUCUGUUUUGCAAAACUUCCUUUGCAGAGUAUUUUUGCUCCAUAUGUAACCUGUUCGACGACAGCGAAGAGGCCAAACUAAUUUAUCAUUGCUAUCGCUGUGGCAUUUGUCGUAAAAAGGCCAACGAAGCGCUACAGUAUACUCACUGCGACAAUUGCUUCAUGUGCUAUCCAUCAUCACUGCUCUUAGAAGACGGAGAAUCGGUUUCUGAUGACUCAUUCUUCAAGCACGAGUGCAAGAAAGAAGCAGGAAAAAUUCCAUGUUCUGUGUGCCAAAAGGACAUACAUAAUAGUCGUGAACCGGCGGUAUUAGCUGAUUGUCAUCAUUAUGUUCAUCAGAGUUGCAAGACUACAUUCCCGAACCACGUUGGAAACUGUCCUUUGUGUGGUUGCUGGUAAGAGUAUGACGC